AUGGCAGCAGAUCUCACCCUCCUGUCUGAUCUAAGCCCUCCAUCCCUCGAGCGCACCUGGUUGACCGCGCCUCAUCCCACCCUCCCGAUCGUCGCCACCUGCAGCUCCGACAAGACGGUGCGGGUUUACUCGCUGACCAAUUUCCGACUCCUGUCGACCAUUACCGGCGGUCAUAAACGCAGCGUGCGUACCGCGGCCUGGAAGCCGCAUGUGCAAGGCGAAAGCGUUCUUGCCACAGGCAGCUUCGAUGCCACCGUGGGGAUCUGGCGCCGUUGGGACACUUACGGCCGCGAUGACGGACUUCAGUCCGAUGUCGCCAAUGGCACCGGGCCCAACGACAACGACAGCGAUGAUGACGAAGAGUGGCGAUUUGCGGUACUUCUCGAUGGGCAUGAUAGCGAGGUCAAGUCGGUGUCCUGGUCCCCGUCGGGCAUGUUGCUGGCGACGUGCUCACGGGACAAAUCAAUCUGGAUCUGGGAGGACCUCGAUGACGGCGAUAACAACUUCGAGACGGUGGCCGUCAUGCAGGAGCACGAGGGCGACGUGAAAUGUGUCUCCUGGCAUCCAGUCGAGGAGUGUCUGGCCAGCGCAAGCUACGACGAUACUAUUCGAGUGUGGCGGGAGGAUCUGGACGAUUGGGGCCAGGUCGCCUGCAUCAAGGGCCAUGCGGGUACCGUAUGGUAUCUGGAUUGGGAAGGAGCCGACAAUGUACCGUUGUCGACCAACGAUGCAACCCUCCCCCUGACCACUCAGUGGAAAGAUCAUCGUGCUCUGUCAGGACCUCGCCUCGUCUCGUGCUCCGACGAUCGAACCGUCCGUAUCUGGCGACGACAACCUAAAGAGCAACGAGCACAACCUCCGUUCGGGGGCACCGGUGUUCCCAGCAUUAUCCGACCAACAGGCAUUGACGAAACGUGGGAAGAAGAAACCAUCCUGCCCUCGCGACACGAGCUCUCAGUGUACGCGGUGGCAUGGAGCAAGCGGACGGGACUCCUAGCGUCCGUAAGCGCGGAUGGACGGAUAGUUCUGUAUGAAGAGCGAUUUGUGGCUGCUGAGUCGACGCAAGUCACGGACGCUGAUCUUCCGGCCGGUGAAACCGGUGCAUCUGUCCCCAAGACCGAGUGGAAAGUUAUUGCGGUUGUGGACGGUGCGCAUGGUAUCUACGAGAUCAACCAUGUGGCCUGGGCGAGACGCGCAGACCGAGGUCGGGAGGCAGGACCAGAAGAGGAGGUCCUGGUUACCACCGCGGAUGAUGGAAGCAUCAAGGUUUGGACGGUUGGGAGAUGA